GUUUUACGUUUAAUUCAACCAAGUUUCAGAAAUCAUCCCACUCUAAUGAUUUUUUACUUAAGUAUGCCGCGCGUAUGACAGAGUCGUUUAGUUCGUAACUGUUCGUAACUGUUCGUAACUGAAUUAUAAGGCAAAUAUGAAUUAUCGAAAUGUUGAAUUGACGCAGAACAUUUUCUUUUCAUUUCUCGGUUUGUCAUGGAUUUGAAGUUUUGUUUUACGUAAACGUGAGAAACAGUGAGAAGUCAGUAACAACGUAGGUAGUUUGCAGUAAUCGUGAAACAAUUUUGACGUUGUUAAAUUAACAAUUGGAGCUAAAAAAAGAAAAAGAAAUAUGGAAACUUCGGCGCACACCUUGGAUACAUUUGCCACAAACUGCGAUUAUUUGGAUAUGAUAAACCUGGUGAUUCAGAAGUUGCUGAAGUACGGUUUUCUCCUGUUAUCCUGUAUUUUGACGCCAAUUUUAAGGCUGCAGCGCUUCAAGAAGCAAAAAAGAAUACCGACGAUUAAGAAUCACCUGUUGCUGAUUUCGGCGACGAAAAUCGCGCGUGCAAUUCGUAGGAAACAAAUCAGCAGCGAGGAAGUGGUGAGAGCUUACGUGGAAAGAUGUAUAGCCGUGAAUCCUGUGUUAAAUGCCAUCGUCGAUCAGCGCUACGAUACAGCCAUUGAAGAGGCGCGAAAGGUCGACGAAUUCCUUGCUAGCACGCCAACAACCGAGGAAGAGCUUGCCCGUGAAAAGCCUCUUCUUGGCGUACCCAUAACUGUGAAAGAAAGCUUUGCUGUUAAAGGGAUGUCUCAUUCGGCUGGCGUGAAGAAGAAUAGUUCACACAGAGCCACGCGGGACGCAGAGGUUGUUAGCUUGGUGCGCAAAGCUGGCGCUAUUGUCACUGUUGUCAGUAAUACCCCUGAAUUAUGUCUGCACUUCGACAGUAUCAACCACGUUACUGGUACUACUUGGAAUCCUUAUGACACCAACAAAACAUGCGGCGGCUCUAGCGGUGGCGAGGGAGCAUUAAUAAGCAGUGCCGCCUCUGUCGUGGGCGUCGCGUCGGAUACUGCAGGUUCGGCAAGAUUCCCAGCCUUGUUUUGCGGUGUUUUUGGCCAUAAAACCACACCCGAUAUAAUCCCUGGAGGCGAUCAUAUACCGGACUUCAAAUCUUCAUUGAAUUUUUCAACAUGCACAAUGGCCAGAUACGCUGAAGAUCUGUCUCUGAUGUUAAAGAAUAUGUGUCAGUCGGAGAAAGUGCGGAAAAAUCUCGAGCAGAAGGUGUCUUUGAAAGAGAUCAGAUAUUUUUAUUUAGACCAUUGUUGCCCGAUAACAAAUUCUCUAAACGAAGAUAUAAAACAAGCGAUCAACAAGCUAAAAAUACAUAUCGAGGAAACAUACAAUCUUAAAGUGGAAAAGGUACGAUUACCUAGCAUGCGAUUUACAUUUGCAUUGUUUAUGGUUUUGCUAGAAACAAAGUCCAGCCUUACCGAGGAAAUUGAUCGUAUGGGACUGUUCGAAUGUCUCUUGGAAAUGUUGAAAUGCCUUAUUGGCACUUCAGAAAUUAUGAUGUCAACGUUAGCGUUCGUUAUGUUGAAAUUGAUUUCUCAUAAAUUACCCGAGAGCUGUCGUCGCUAUGUGUACGCCAAAAAGGAUGCAUUGAAGAAAGAAUUCGAGGAGCUCCUAGAUAAUAACGGCGUAUUGAUAUUCCCAACGUUCGUUUCACCAGCCCUUUAUAUAGGCGAAUCUUCCAUAAAUAUCUGUAAUAUUUUAUAUUUGGGCAUUGCUAAUGCACUAGCAUUACCUUCUACUCAUUGUCCAAUGGGAAUCAAUAAAGCAGGUUUACCUGUUGGGCUUCAAAUUAUGGCAAACACAAAUAAUGACCAUCUUACGAUUGCUGUGGCUGAAGAAAUUGAGAGAGCCUUCGGUGGCUGGCAACCUCCACCGAUGAGCCCGGUGUAAGUCUGAAUCUUUACAAUGUAAAUAAAUUGCAAUAUAUUAUAUAUGUAAUAAAAUAUAAUAAUUGUAUAAUGUAUAAUAAUAUAUAUCAUAAUAAUAUUGUCUUAAUAGAUAAAGGUUUUGUAAUUGUAUGUUAUUUAUUUAUAAUGUUACUUUGUUUUAAUUUCGAAUAUAUAAGAUACGUUUUCAA